AAUAUCAAAUAUUUUAAUCAUUUAAAACUUCUAUAUACAUUUGUAUCAUUUGUGGAAACGCGACUAAAAAUGGCUUUGAAGGAAUUUGUUAUAUUCUCCAGUUUGGUGGCGAUUUCCAUCAUCAACUCUAAUAUACUUGGAAGUGAAGCGGUUGUCCCACCCAAAUCAUACAUGGAUCAACAAUACACUCAAAUGAAGAGAGAUUUGUAUGACAUGGUUGAGCGUUUAUUCAACUUGAUGAGCGAUGUGCAAAAAUUACAAGACAUGCAAUCAGAAUAUUUGGAAUCAGACGUGGACUUCUCUGCUGUUGCACGUGCAAGCAAAGAAGUGACUCAAACCCAAAACCAAUUAAUUUCUAAAGUCAUGCAAUACAUAUUGGAUUCAGAUGCAUACUUACCUGGAUACAAAUACAUCUACCCAGAUUUGGGCAACCCAAAUAGUCCCUACAACCCCAAUUUUGUCACCCCAGUUAUGGUGCCAUAAGAGUUCUUGUAAUUUUAUAUUUGUUUUCAAUUUUUGUUAUUUGUUCUCGUUUUUUUGAAAUCAAACGUAAUUGAUUUAAAUUAAAAUAAAACAAAUGAAUCAGCAUUAAUACCCAACCACGUUUUGUUUUAAUAAGAACAUACCUAGAAAAUCA